GAUCUCAAUGAUGCAGAUCGAUGUGCACCGCGAUGUGUGCGCUGUUGGCUCGCUGUCUGCACGAGUAGCCGUCUUCGGCAGGCCGGGGUUUGUGCACAUCCAGGGCGGGCGAAAGGCUGGUGCAUCUCUCAUGACGGCGAUGUCUUUCCGCUGGCCUAGGUGCUGAGGCCCGGAGGGUCUCCCUAUAAGACAUGAUCCAGGUUGGUUCACUGUUCAUACCGCUGGCUCCCCCUGCUUUGUGCGUUGUAUCCUCCACAAUACUCGACAUUAUGAUGUUCUCGUCCAAGCUCGCUCUCGUCGCCCUGGGCACCGCAGUGGCUAGUGUACAAGCUCAAAGGUCGACAUGUACACACUUCUCUGGGACAACCACUGAGUUCGUGACAGGAUACUAUCCGGGUUCAACGACGACUCUUACCGAGGCGGGAGUGACGACUUACACGCCGACCGUUUGGCUUGCACACACCACGACUUCUGCUGCAGCCGCCGCCUUAACAGACGCACCAGUCGAAGCUCGCAACUUUGCCGAUGCUACGACAAGCUGUCUCAUCACCACAGUGGAUACGGUGGGAGUGGCGAAUUAUAGUUCGACCGUGACGGUGACCGCUUGGGCGACGACGGUGACGGCCGCUGCUGUUACGAGUACGCUUCCGGCCUGAGGCUGCGGUAGAGCGAUUCGUAGGCCCAGUCAAAACCUGGUACCUCGCGAGGGUGUCGUGUUUAUGAACAAACUACAUGCGUCGAGCUCGAUACAAUGCUUAGUCCGUGCUUCUUAAUAUGGAUGCUUGGUGUAGCUGUUCAUCCCUUAACCCAAACAGUCUCAAGUAAGAGAUGUGAUACGUUGUCAA